CUUGAUCAGCUUUGGCUGCACUGAUAGCAUUUACUGAUAUCCUCUGCGUCAGUUUAUAUGAACUUUCGAGAAUUGUAACGUAUACACGAUUUUUGUGUCAAAUCUCCCGAUAAUUUGUGUUUGACAAUUAUCCGAGAAAACAAGAGCAUGGCUAGCGAAGAAAGUCCGAAGACGACGAGUAAUAAUGAAAUGCCAGUUCCCAAAAUAAGGCACGACUGGUAUCAAACAGAGAGUCAUGUUAUAGUUCCGAUUCUUGCGAAAAGUGCGACGAGCGUCAAAACCGUUUAUGGGAAAAAGACGUUGAGCGUAUCAGCUCUCUUGCCAUCAGGAAGUGAGUACAGCUUGGAGUUGGAUUUAGCUCACGACAUAGUGCCAGAUCAGUGUUCUCAUAAAGUAGAUCCAUCAAAAAUUGAAAUCAAGUUAAAGAAACAAGAUGGGAUUGCAUGGACUAGUUUAGAAGGGAGCCCUGUUGCACAAAACACAGUACAGCCCAUACCUCGAGAAAUUUUACAAGCUAGUAAACAACCAGAGAAACCUGUCGCCCCUGUAAGGAAAGCAAAAGAUUGGAAUAAAGUAGAAAAAGAAAUUGAGAAGCAAGAAGCUGAAGAGAAACCAAUGGGAGAAGCUGCUCUCAAUGCUUUGUUCCAACAGAUAUACGGCAGUGGUUCUGAUGAAGUUAGACGUGCAAUGAACAAAUCUUUUCAAGAAUCUGGUGGUACAGUGUUAAGCACAAAUUGGUCAGAAGUGAGCAAAGCUAAAGUGGAGGUAAAACUGCCUGAUGGUAUGGAAUGGAAGUCUUGGAACACAUAAAGCAGUUCAGGCGAAUGGUAUUUAAAUUGCUUACUAUUUACAUUUUAUUUUUAAUAAAAUAAUUUAUUAAAGGUAAAAAAAAUUAGUUACACGAUUGCCUCCUGAAAUAAUGUACUCGUCCAGUUUAUUAAAUAUACGUACAUAUUUUUCUGACAAAA